AUGGCCAAGCAACAAAAAGAUACAGAGAUCAUUGAGAUCGCAAAGACCCUCAAAAACACACCCUGGUGCGAGGAGUACGAGAAAAUGAUCUCGGGAAUGCUUUACAACCCUCUUCAUCCAAAGUUGCUAGAAGGCCGUCACAAAGCUCGUGGUUUGACCCACAAGUUCAACAAUCUUGAUCCAAACACUGGAACAUACCUGGAAAUUGAGAAGAAAAAGUCCGAGAUGCUUACCGAGAUGCUCGGAAAGGUUGGAAGCGGCACCUUUAUCGAGUCGCCGUUCUCACCCGAUUAUGGAAGCAAUGUCUCUAUUGGAGAGAACUGCUUUAUGAACUUUGGCUUGACAAUCCUAGAUACUAGUCUCGUCAUCAUCGGCGACCGCGUACAAAUGGGCCCCAAUGUAAACAUCUAUACAGCUGGCCACGAGACAAGUGUUCUCUCGAGAAUAAAAUUCGUCGAGUUCGGACACCCCAUUCGUAUUGAAGAUGACUGUUGGAUUGGAGGAAACGUUAUCAUUCUUCCUGGAGUGACUAUCGGAAGGGGUUGUACCGUCGGUGCUGGUUCAGUGGUCACAAAGAGUCUGCCCCCUUACUCAAUCGCUCUGGGUGCUCCUGCAAAAGUUGUCAAGACGAUACAGAGUAUUGAAGAGGAGAUGGCAGAUCCCAGCAACCCUUAUCGAAACAUGCCUGAUCGAGAGUAA